AUGCCCAACACGAUCAAGAUUGCCAUCGCCCAGACAUAUGUCCAGUCGGCAGACGAGGGACCGGCAAAGCUCGAAAAGCCGCACACAACAACCCCGUUCCCUACCCUCGACCAGAACCUGAUUGAUGUGUCGGCCCGUGUCGCCGAGGCCGCAAAGCUCGGCGCGGACGUCGUCUGCUUCCCCGAGUACUUUUUGCAGGGCAUUGUCAACGAGGGACGCCAGUACCUCACGUUCCCCUCGACGCACCUCACGUCGUUCCUUCAGACGCUGGCCAAGCAGCACCACAUCAGCAUUGUCGGCACGAUCGUGCACGGCGUGCUCCCCGAGUCGGCGGCCUUUUCCCACGCCGCGUUCCCCUCGGGAUCUCCAUUCGAGCACCUGCACGCCAACACCAACCCGGGCAAGAUUACGCCCGCGCAGCUCGAGUGGGCCAAGUGGCUCGAGCAGCACCCCGCCACGGUCGAGGACAAUGCGCGCCCCGUGCUGAGCAACACGGCCUUCUUUAUCGACGAGAACGGAAACGUCGUCGGCGAGUACGUCAAGCAGAACCUCUGGCACCCCGAGCGCCUGUACCUCACCCCUGGUGGCAAGCAGAACAAGGCGUUUGACACCAAGUGGGGCAAGGCCGGCAUGCUCAUCUGCUGGGACGUCUCGCACCCCCUUGCGGCCCAGAAGCUCGUCGACCAGGGCGUCAGCAUCGUGUUCGCGCCAACGUACUGGACCGCCACCGACAGCGAGCCCCACGUCUCGCGCCACCCCCACCCAGACGACUACGAGACGUCGGUGCUCUCGGCUUUGUCGUAUGCGCGCUCGUUUGAGACUGAGACCGUCUGGGUGCUGAGCAACGCCGGAGGCCCCGCCGAGGAGGGCUUCAUGGGCGGCUCGGCCGUGUGGGCGCCGCUCCGUGGCCGUGUUGGCGGAUUCCCCAAGAGCGAGGUUGGCGUCAGGCUGGUCGAGGUCGACAUUGACGUGCUCAACGACGGCCGUGACCUGUACAAGAUUCGCGAGGACGCCAGCCGCAACAAGGUGGCUUAG